AUGGAAGCUAUAGUAAAGAACGCUAUACAGCGAUUUUGUGAAGAAAAUAACAUCUUGCAGGAUUUUCAACACGGCUUCCGGAGAGGACGUUCCUGCCUCUCAAAUCUGCUAGCUUGCCUGGAAAUCUGGACCAGGGCUCUAGAACAGGGUUUUGAGGUCGAUGUCGUGUACAUCGAUUUCCGCAAAGCUUUUGACACUGUCCCACACCAACGUCUUAUUCACAAAUUGAGCGACAUCGGCAUCCGGGGAGAUCUUCUGAACUGGAUUAGGGCGUUUCUGGUUGGUCGGAAACAACGUGUCUGUAUCGGGGAUGAUAUGUCAGAAUGGGUGAACGUGACCAGUGGUGUGCCGCAAGGCUCAAUUCUGGGACCAUUGCUCUUCAUCCUUUACGUUAACGACAGCCUUCAGGAACUCGACUGCGGCAAAAUAAUGUUUGCAGACGACGUUAAGCUCUGGCAAGUCAUUAAGGGUCCGAAUGAUCAGAGAUCCCUUCAAGAUUAUCUGCACCGACUGCAAGCUUGGUCGAAGAAAUGGCUUCUAGAUUUCAAUGUGGAGAAGUGUGCCAUCCUUCAUCUGCGUCCAACCAACUCUCAUUCACAUGAGAGUCUGAGGACUUAUCACCUGAAAGAUAUAAGGCUCCCCGCAGAAUCUUCACAGAAGGAUCUCGGGGUUUGGAUACAGAACAACCUGAAACCAACACUGCAGUGCCACAAGGCUGCAAAAAACGCCAUGGGAGUGCUGCAUGCAAUAAAAAGGGCUUUCGUAAAUUUUGACCAAUACCUUUUUGGGAGAGUUUACGGCCCAUUUGUUCGGCCCCACUUAGAAUAUGGCAUACAAGCAUGGCGGCCAUGGCUGGUAAAGGACCAAAGAUGCCUCGAACGGGUACAACGGCGUGCAACAAAGCUGGUAAACGGUCUAAAAAGCCAAUCCUAUACAGACAGAAUGAAUUGCCUUAAUUUAUUCCCUCUGUGUUACAGGCAGCAAAGAGGUGGUCUUAUCCUCGUCUACAAGAUAAUACAUGGCCUUGAGUAUGGACUUAAAUUUGAGGACAAGUUUCAGUGGCACCUUUCACCCAAUCUUCGUGGUCACUCGAUGAAGUUACGGACAACAAUGUCCAGGCUGAAUCUUCGUUCUGAAUUUUUCACGCAGAGGGUAGUGGAGAAAUGGAACGGUCUCCCUCAGUCAGUCGUGGAGGCUACAUCCCUGCAACUCUUCAAGAAACGCUUGGAUGAUUAUUUGUGUCCCCUGCUAUCCCUCGACGGUCUGAAUCUGAACUAAUACCCCUGGUCCCUACAAACAUUUUCUCUGAGACAAUGCUACUAAAAUGAACCAAGUACGGUUUUAAUAGUGAAUAUUUUUUGUUCGUGUAUAGUUAUUUCUAACGAGCUGACAUGUAAUCAAUAGUGUUUUCAAAGGCUUUGCCUAUUAUCCUUACCAAAUAAACUGAACAACUAUUCAAAAACUGAUAAACCAUCUUCCUAACUGUCACUCAGUAGGCACAAACAAUAUCCCAAACUCUCUUAUUAAACAGCUAAGAGAUUUUCCUCCUCUGCUUAGCAAAAUCUUUUCAGUAUUUCUCGCAAAUGGCUUCUUCUCUGACUAUUGACAAACUUCUAUUAUUAUUCCAGUAUUUAAGUCUGGCUGUCAAUUUGACGUACAGAAAUGUAGAGGUGUCCAUAAAACACUAUCUCUCGCCAAAAUCUUUGAAAAAAUUAUCGCCGUAAAAAUUACCGACUUUUGCAUAGCCACUCAAGUUAUUAGCCCUUCCCAGCAUGUUUUUUUACCAGAUCGCUCUUGUAAAAUAUGUCAUCUGUCGUUUCUCAAUCUACUUACCUCUCUUCGUAAUGACCAUCUAUCUGUUGUCGUUAUUUAUUUUGAUCUUAGUAAAGCCUUUGAUAAUGUACCACAUAAAAGACUCUUGGUUAAAUUAGAAGCUACCUUAAAUUCGCAAUACAUUAAUAGACUUUAUCAAGUCAUAACUAUCUAAUCGUAAACAAAAGGUUUUGGUGGGAUCUUCAUUUUCCAGUGAAAGCCCUAUUGUAAGUGGUGUCCUACAAGGCCCCGUUUUAGGUCCUUUUUUGUUCUUGCUUUACAUAAAUGAUAGUUCGGCAGCAGUUAAGCAUUCUAAAUCAUUUUUUUGUGCCGAUGAUCUCAAAUGUGUAUAUUCUUUCAAAAAAUCUACGAGUCUUCAUUGCCUGAAGCAAAUCCAUUCUGACUUGCUUGCUCUUUCAGCUUGGAGGUCAAAAUGGCUAAUGGAAUUCUCUCCGUCUAAAUGUCGCUAUAUGUGUUUUGGACCUGACAGACUACCCCAACCAGUGGUCUUUCAAGGUACACCUAUGACUGAAUGCACCACCAUAAAGGAUUUAGGUUUAAGCUAAACUAGUAAUCUCGAUCUCCCGCCACACGCUGAUAGAAUUACAGCCAAAGCUGCCCAGAUUUGUGGCUUUAUUUCUUACAAUUUCUAUCUUCCUGAAAUUAAAUUAAGGCUCUAUCGUAUGUUUGUCCUUCCCAUUCGCGAGUAUUGUUGCCAAAUCUUUGGUUUGAUGAAUGAAGCCAGUCGUUUAAAAAUUGAAAAUGUCCAAAGGCGUUUUUCUAAAAAACUUUUAAAUAGGGAACAUCCCAAUAUCUCCUACUCAGAUAGAUGCCAGCUAAUUAACCUAAAAUUUUUAUGGGUUCGAAGACUACAAGCGGGCUUCUGUCUGCUCUUUCGCAUUAAUAAUAGUUCCAAUUUUCCUCGGAUUUCAGCACUCACCCCUAGUGGUCGUCCAUACAAUCUUCGCAACUCGUCCUUGAUUAUACCUCCUCCAGCGUCCUCCACCUCUAAGCGCUCCCUUUUUUUUCGCUUCCAGAUAUACUUUUCUCUGGAAUAGCCUUCCAAUAAAUAUAAGAUCUUCAGAUAAUCUACACACCUUUAAGAGAAGGCUACGCCUUUAUCUGAAUGCUGACUCGAUUAAACUUUUAUUUUCCUCAUCCUUCCCAGACAACUUUUUCUAUGACACUGAGAAAGGGCCACCGGGAAUUUAGGACGCCGCCAUUAACUUUCCGCAUCUGUUCACAUUUCCUUCAUUUGUGAGUAGUCUCGCUUCAUAAGAUGCCUCACCAGAAAUGUUAAUUUUUCCAAUUUUUUUUCAGUUCAUUCAUCGUGCCCUCACAGAAUGCGCCCCAUCGACGCUCUUGGCGAAACCUUCUGUAUUCGCCAUGUACUAGUAGUCUGGUCGCAUCUCCCUUGCCCCAUCCUCGGAUGGACUCGGAUGAAUGUAACCGACCGCAUCUGGGUUCCUAUUGCAUCGAGACUGGUUUUCAGUUUCGCCACUUAUUUGCCUUAUUCAAGGCCACAUACGGGCCAGCCCUGACUGACCCACCUACUUACCCCUUCAUGAAAUCCGUUAUACAAUGACAUUUAUUUCGGUCCUGACGAUGUCCGACUAUAAUCCAUUCUAUAACGCCACAUGCAGGCCAGUCCUGCCCACAUUUUUCUGUUAUUGCUUUAUUAUCGAGGGGUUUCUCCUCCUGUAAAAUUUAUCCAAUCAUUUUUAAAUUUUUUGUGGAGUUUUUUUUCACCCCUCGCUAACCAUUUUUCUUAACGGACUGCAAUUUCAAAAACUAUGAAUUGCACUUUGUACAGAUUUUGCCUACAUCGUCUAUAAUUCGCAUGUAAAUUUAUUUUUACUUGCUUUGAUGGGACCCCGACGGGUCUUUAAUAAACAAUUGUUAGAUAGAUAGAUAAGUUCAGGAACUCAAUUGCGAUAAAAUAGUAGUUGACGUCGACGUUAGGCUCUGGCAUGUCAUUAAGGACCCGAAUGACCACAGAGCACUUCAGGAUAAUCUGCACCGAUCGCGAGUGUGGUCCGAUAAACGGCUCCAAGAUUUCAACGUGCAGAAGUGUGCCGUCCUUCAUCUGCGUCCAACCAACUCUCAUUAAAGUGACAGCAUGGAACGAAUCACCUGAAAGACGUUAUUCUUCCCGCGUAAUCUUCAAAGAACGAUCUGGGUGUUUGGACACAGAGCAACAUGAAACCAGCAGUACAGUGCACCAAGGCUGCAAAAAAACACUGUGGGAGUACUCCAUGCGAUCAAAAGGGUGUUUGUAACCUUUGAAAACGACCUUUUUGGGAGAGUUUGCGGUCCCUUUGUUCGGCCUAAUCUAGAAUAUGAUAUACAAGCGUGGCGGCCAUGGUUAACAAAAGACCAAGCAUGUCUCGAGAAAGUACAACGUCGUGCUGGUAAAGGAUUUAAGAAACCAAUCCUACACAGAAAGACUGAGCUGCCUUAAUUUAUUCCCUAUGUGUUACAGACAGCAAAGAGGUGAUCUUAUCCUAGUUUACAAAAUAAUGCAUGGCCCUGAGCAUGGACAGAGCCUUGACGGCAUGUUUCAGGGGCACCUUUCGCCCAAUCUUCGUGGGCACUCAAUGAAGCUACGCCCAAAAUGUCCGGGCUCAACCUUCACUCUGAAUUUUUUUUUACAGAACGAGUGGUGGAGGAAUAGAAUAGUCUCCCUCAAUCAAUCGUGGAGGUUGGAUCCCUUCAGCUCUCCAAGUAGCGUUCAGAUGAUUAUUUGUGUCCCUUUUUCCCUCGACAGUCUGAAUAUGAGCUAAAAACUCCGCUAACCCCAUAAUCUGUUCUUCAAAAUAACACUACUUAAGCCACAUAAGUAGUACUUUAAUAUGGACGAUUUUCAUUGUCCGCGUGCAGUUGGAUCUUACGAACUGCUCUGUAAACUAUAAGGUUUUCAAAAGCCUUGCCUCCCUGCCAGCAUAUGGCCCCUUUAUAGAUGGGGCUGGCAAGGGGCUGGGUGGGGUCGGAGCCCAUCGAAAGUUACGUUUCAAAGGCACCACUCAUUGUACUUUCUUUGGCAGUAAAAGGAGCUUAUUUAUCAAAAGUGGAUUAUGAAUCAUGGGAAAAGCAUUCGUUUACGCCCAUGGGUCGCGGAUAAUAUCGUGCGUUAACCAAUGCUGUUUUCAUGCUCCUGAUCACUGCCUAAGUUAAUUUAUAUAUCUUAUGCUAAUUGUUUUGGUAUUUACUCACCGGCCAGUUCAAGUAGUCGACUUGUAUGCCUGUGUAUGUACUAUUUAGCCAUGGUGUUAUACAUAUACAAAUUGUUUAUCGUUUUUUACUGAAUAUCCAAAGCAAUUAUGAAUCGUAAUUACUGCGGCUAUUACCAAAUCACCAUAACAAGCGCAUUAAGUGCCAGAUGAAGGCAUAUUAUGAGGCCACUGAAGAGCCAGAGUCUGAGGUUCCCUCAACGUCGACAGCAGUUGGCAAUCAAUCCCUCGAACGAGAAAUGCCUAUACUGAACUCUUAAACUUCUGCCGGUAGGUAUUAUGUGUGUGUGCGCCUCAGGGGACUCACCACACAGGUCGAGAUUUUAAAGGGGUGCCAAAAGUGGGCGGAAAUGCGGGGCCAGGCCGGAAUGUCGCGUUGAAUGUCCCGAAACAACCCCUACCACAGCCCCAUCAAGCCCCUUCAUAGCCUCCUCUAACUCCGCCAUUUUUGAAAGGGUUAGGCGGGGCUGGUGCUGAAAGGGCUAUUAUCCUUAUCAAAUAAAUUAAAACUAAAUAAACGGAAACGGAUACGUGAUAAAAAGGUUGUUCCUGAACCCAGAAAUUGGACGGAACAGCAGCGCCUGGCCGCCUUAAACCUCUACCCCCUCCCCCCUAGGCUGGGCAGAUGUGACCUAAGAACAAUGUUUCAGUUUUUAAGGGGACUUGAUCUUGCUCUGGACUGAGAAAAUGUUUUCGAAAUGACACUGAGGGCGAAUCUCAGACGGCGCGGUUGCCAAUUAAGAAGGGGCUGUGUCGGAAUAUUUAUCGCCUCCUUUUUUCUCGGAGAGAGUCAUUCGUCAAUGGAAUUCUUUGCCAACGUACGUCGUGUAUUUCCUUGCCGUAUGUUUUUUUAAUUGCGUCUGGAUACUCAUGUGUCAGAAGUCAGUCAGAACUCUCCUAACCCCAUAGAAUGAAUUUCCGUUAUGACUAGCAACAUGCUACUUACUUGAGGUCAAUAACUAAUUUUGUUUGCAUUGACUUUGGCACUGCUGGACAUAUUGCGCAAAUGCGAUGAAUGUGCUGUGCACGGUUAUUACGCGGAUUAUUCAUGAUUCUAAAAUUCUCGUAUCCCUAUCAGUCUUAUGCGUUUCGCAUACUAAAAUUACCUGUACGUUUUUGAAACUUAACUACUUUUCAUGAGGACCUGCGUUGCUUAAAUGGAGUUUUCAAAGACUUCUGUCAUCUACUCCAAAUACACAGAUUAACUGAUUGAUGUAAUGUUGCCUGUAUGGAAUAGUAUCUGAGACGAUGAGCACAAAAUUUACAUUUAAAUAUGCCGACAGCGUUCGCAUAUACCACAUUAGUGGGGAGUCUGCUUCUCGCUCCAACAACCCUCUGUGGCAAAGCAUUCCGUCAUAUGUACGCAUGGUUCAAAUUCCCCUGCGGCUCAAAGGGGUAAUCAUGCAGGCCGUUCGUUUCAAUCAACUAAAAAUAGCCUUCGAACUGUGGGACGUACCCACGGCCCCUCAUAGUCAGGUGAGGUCAUUGCAAAAACUCCUGUAAUAUAGGAAAAAUCAGUUAACUUCAAUCAGCAUUACUUCGGAUGAAAGCGCGCCAAAACUUUCACCGUCUUCGUAGCCACUGCCUGGACUCGUUUGAGCAGCCGACAGUCAUAGUCGGCCUGCAUGGUUUACUCCAGGCGAGGCCUAUCGAACGUCCCAUAAUUCUUAACGAACAGCUGAAGAAUAGCAUCUGUUUCGCUUUUUUAGUCGCUUCGAAACACCGUGACACUGGUUCAAACUAAACAAUCAAACAGGAAGUCCUUCCCUUCUUCAAUGUUUAGAAGGGCUUGUCCACCGAAAAGGCAUUGAAAAGAAUGACCUUCUUCGUUGGGGCAUUCAGCAGGGGACCUUAGGGCCAAGCAUUUGCUGCCCGCAGUACAAAGCAGAGGCUGGUUUAAUGGCGAAAAUAAGUACAGUAAUAUUCACUUCGAUUUCGGCACGAGUAACCAAAUGUAUUACAAGAUCUUCAAAAUGAGUUAUAUACAGUAGAUGUGCUAACUCAUGAAAUGUCAACCAAAAUUUCGAAAUGCGCUCUCGUUUCGAAAAGAUAAAUUAAGUAGUGUUGUAAAACUAAUCAUGAUGCAGCAUAAAUCUAUAAUGAUCCAGUUAACUCAGGGUGUCGGCUUUCGAAAGAACUUAUUUUCGGCUGCAUGCAAGACCUAUACUCUGCAAAAAUGACUACUUAAGUAGUAUGCAAUUUUCUCAUUGAUUUUCGAUGCCCUUGAAAACUCAAUUAUAUUUCAUGGAAAAAAUGCAUAAAAGUGUUCAUUCGUUUACUUGUUCGACAGAAAAUCACGUCUUCUUUCAAGUUCAUACUCAAAAGAAGAGUAUAAUUCGGUUUUAAAAAAGUUUCCAAUUGGGAGAUUUUUUAAUACCGUUAAAUGGCCAUUCAUGAAACGUCAUGUAUCUGCAUUUACGAAUGUGGCUUGUAAAGUUAACAAUAUUGCAUGCACUUCUCUACGGUGUUAAGAGGAGACCAUAUGAGGCUCAUAAAAUUAAGCAGUGGAUUUGAGCACCGUCUGCCUUAUCGGCUAUGAACCCGGGCGGCUUUGUUGAAUGUCAACUGCUCAGAGCGACAGAAUUAGUACGCAUGCGGUGUUGGUUUGCGGUAGAUCUGGGGUGGGACUGACGAGUAGUGAUGAGGCCAUGAGGUCACAGUUACCAGAGGAGAAUCCUGAUGAGACCUGGCAGGUGUGCGUCACGUAUUCAGAACGGUUUGUCAGAUGGUGGUAUGGGGAGGACAUUGUGUUUCGUGAAGGUCAUCAUUCUUGGACUAAAAAAAUCGAUUUCUGAGGAGAGUCUGUAACGAGGAAAAUUAAACCCCUAGAGAUGUGAACGGACAAGGCAGAUUAUAAGGCGACCUUAGAAAGCGGCAUAUAAACUAAGGGGCUAAUAAUCACGUCAGCUACUAACCGAGUUUAGGCAGUGUGCGCAUAUGCGCAUCAGACCUGAUGGCUAUCUAGGUUUUAACAUCCUCGGCCAACAUAAUUGUGCUGAAACCUAGGUUAAAGAAAGUGUCUUUGAUGUGGGCUAGGAAGAGUAAUGAUAGAAGGACAGAGUCUAGGGAUCACCAUUUAGAAGUGCUGCUGUUGACUUCGAGGCACCAAGCAUGCGCUUUAGGAUCUUCUUGCAAGGAAUUUCGGGAACUAGCUCAAAAACUUGCCUCUUAUCCCAAUUUAAAAAACCUUCGCACGUCUCAUCCUUCCCCUUCCCUUCCUCUUCCUUUACCUCCCCUCCUCCCCCUCCAUCCUCCGGUGCACAAAUCCACUGUUCAGCCGAAACCAGCGACUUUAAAAAGCACGAAAGGUUCCGUCUUAGGCGGCGUUGAAGUCCCGAGUGCAGUUUUCCCUACACGAGGAACUUAAUGACCGAUUACUUAAGUAGGCGCUUCAGUGUUUUACUGCAAAGGUAGGUUGGACUGACAGAGUUGUGAUUAUUGACGCUCGUUAGGGUUCCACUCCUGUAUAUCAACUUGAUAUCUGAAGUUCAAAUUUAGAGUGGAGAGUUCAAUUUUAAAUAUUUUUAGGAACUUUGCGCGUAUGCUGUCCGGGCCAUGUGGAUAAGCCUCAUUCAAACAAUCCAGCGCACUGUCGGUCUCUGUGAAGAGUAGUGUCGAGCACUCGGUUGAUAUUUGUAACAGGACUGGUGAGAAUAUUAAAGUUCGUGUCUUUAGCGAAUACGGAAACGAAUUUGGCCGAAGCGUUCUGGCUUUUCAUCACUUUCGAUUAUCUACAUGUCAUCACCGUAUUUACAGUAGGUAUGCUAGAUCAGGAAAUGUUGACCGAAAUUCUGACAUGCGCCUUCGAGUCGAAAAGAUUACAUAAGUAGUGUUGUAAUAUGAAUUUUCCUAAAGUAUAAUCCCAGAAUAUUUCAGUUACUUCAGGAUGCAGGCUUUUCAGCCACCUGCUUAGUUAGUGGGUAUUAUUUCAUUGAUUUUCGAUGCCCUUAUUUACUCAAAUAUAUUUCAUAGAAAACAUGCAUGAAAACAUCUAUUCUUCCAUUGAUUUGGUAGGAAAUUACGUCUUCUUCAAACUUAACGCUAAAAAGGGUAUAACUUGAUUUUAAAAAACUUUUUCAACUCUCGAAUAAUUCUGAACCCGACAUGCCGCCACACUUGCAUUCAGGGUUUCCAAACUAUAGCUCUAUAUUUUCAGUGCACGGAAAAUCCUACAUUCAUUUACGCUCUCAAGAGAAGACCAUGUGGGGUUCAUAAAAUUUAGCAAUGGAGUUGAGCCAUAUUGUAAACUUUACAAGCAACAUUAGCAAAAAGGCGAGACACGAUGUUUUGUGAACAGGCACUUAACGGUCUUACAAAACCUCAUAAUUAGAACCUUUUUAAAACCGAAUCACACUCCUCCAUCAAGUAUAAAAUCUAAAGAACACGUAGUUUCCUACCAAGUGAAGAAAAGAAUGAAUACUUUCGUGCAUGUUUUCUAAAAAAAUAUAUUUAAAUCAAUUAGAACAUCAAAAAUCAAUGAAAAAUCUCACUACUUUAACGGUAAUUUUUUUUACAGAGUGUAGUUUUUGCAGGCAGCCAGGAAGAAGUUUAUUUAGAAACCGGCAUCCCGAAAAAACUGAAGAAUUUUGAGAUAAUGCUGCACGAUAAUAAUUAUUUUUCGCAAGAAGUUCUUUCGAAAGUCGUCAUUCCAAGGCAACUGAAUUAUUAUAGAAUUAUGCUGCAAGCUGAUUAGUUAUACAGCCCUACUUAAGUAAUCUUUUCGAAUCGAAAGCGCAUUUCAGAAUUUCGGUUGACGUUUCAUGAGUUAGCACACCUACUGUAACUACUGAGACUGGGUUUCUGUUUCUAAUAGAGCAUUAAUGUUAUAAAAUGAAAUUUUGAGCUUGUUUUACGAAUGCUGAUAAAUUUUGUAUUCUUUGUUUCUAGUUGUCCGAUGACUCCUUGUGAUUAUGUAAUUUCGUUGACUACUAAAGUCCUCCAGAUUUCGCCGUGAACCUGCUUCCAUGACUGCUUUUUCUAAAUUCCAUUUUUCCAUCUCACCUCUCUCUUAGGUCUCAUAUUAACUAUGCAGGCGACCAAUCGUUUUUGAUAUAUUCAUUGGACAACAGCAACUGAGCAGAUCUGUUGAGACCGCUUUCAAAAGUACCUAGUUUUCCUACAGGUCCCUAGUAAGCAAAUCAGCACAUUUCACAGAAUCGGGUAACCUCUAACCCUUUUGAGUACUGCCCCAAAUGUCUCACUGGCCUUCCCUUAUCUGCUGAGGCCGAGGAUAGGGUGAAUAAUCCCACGGGAGCCUGGUAUGGUUACUUUCCAGGAGUUGCGCUGAAAUGGUCUUCAUCAGUGCUGAAGAAGUUGUUCGUGAACACUAAAUCAAAGUAAAUGAAUCCUUGGUUCACCUUUCAUCUCGUUGGUGUCUUUUCACUUUGUGUAAUUAAAAAAUCAAGAAGUUCAGAAGUCCUUGACCGAAGGAACUGGACGAAAUGCCGUCUGUCAGAUUAACCCAGUCGAUUCCAGGUGCGUUGAAGUUUCUGGCAAUAAAAAAUUCUUGAUAACUGACCAUUUCCUUGACCAAAUAGGGAGAGACUCAUAAACCGGACUUUUCCGGUGUUGGGACCUGUAAGCCGUCAAAACCUUUUGGAGCGGAGAGUUGCUCCUCUUUAUAUUUACUACGACAGAUUCAUAUCCAAGGCAGGGGGCGUGCAUUCAUUCGGCUGCUAAGAUUCCCGACCUCGCACAUAUGAUUACCUCAUUAUCCUGCUCCUGCUAAAAAUUCCGGCGAGACUGCUGUUAUACUUUUGUUGAAAUAUCGGUAUGCGCGAUUUCGGCUUUUGGCCAGGUCUAUCGUCUGAUCCGCCAAGUUAGCGGUAAGCCCUCUACACUGAGUGACUCUGUUCGCGAUGUGAACGGCGGCUUUAUUGCUGACAACUCGGCCAAAGUCGAGCGCUGGCGUGAGCACUUUGAGCACCAUCUCAACUUCGAUACCCAACCUACAUCGCCCUUGUUCUCCUCCUCAGCGGAGUUUCUUCCCUCUCCUACCUAUGCAGUGCCAUGCGAUCCCCCCUCCGAGGAAGAAGUCGACGAUGCCAUACGAAAGUUGCGCAACAAUAAGACACCCGGAGAGGACGGUAUACCCGCUGAAAUCUGUAAGUCCUGUGUCGAAACUCUGGCGCCCUGGCUCCAUGAGGUGAUUGAACGAGCGUGGAGAGACGAGGUUGUUCCUGAUGACUGGGGCUUAGGCAUCCUUGUACCUAUCCUCAAGAAGGGAGAUAAGACGAGAUGCGAGAACUACCGCGGCAUAAGUCUCAUCGACGUUGCUGCGAAGAUCUUCGCUAUUGUCCUACUCAGACGAUUCCAGGCUGUGCGUGACUCAAGAACGAGGUCCAACCAAGCCGGAUUUCGUUCUGGACGUGGAUGCGCAGAUCAGAUAUUCACACUGAGGCGCAUUCUCGAAUUUCGCCAUAGCUACCAACAACCGACGGCCGUCUGCUUCGUUGACUUUGCCGCCGCGUUCGAUUCCGUUCAUCGUGAGUCCCUGUGGCGGAUAAUGGCGCUAGAUGGUGUACCGGCAAAAAUCAUCGCCACGAUCAAGGCCUACUAUCGUUCCACUACUGCGAGAGUCCUGGUCCGUAACAAUUUUUCCCAACCGUUCGGUAUUCGGUCUGGCGUCCGACAGGGUUGUAUCCUGUCACCCAUACUGUUCAACUACGCUAUUGACUGGAUCCUCGGGAGGGCCCUACGCGACAGUGACGGUGUUGAAUUUGCACCCGGACAUCGACUGACUGAUCUCGACUAUGCCGAUGAUAUCGCCUUACUUGCUUCAAGUUUUGGUGAUCUGCAGUCUAUGGUGUCACGAGUGAACGAAGUCGCUAAAUCAGUCGGUUUGUCCAUAAACGCUGGGAAGACCAAAGUAUUCUCAAGCUGCAUCCCUGACCAGGUGAAGGCCGCCCUGGGAAUUGAUGGCUGUCAACUUGAAGAAGUGGACGGUUUUAAAUACCUCGGGGCGCGGCUGCUGCCUAAUGGACAGAGUAAGGACGACACCGUCUCCCGAAUCGAUGCUGCCCGCUGGGUUUUUUCAAGCCUUCGGAAAUGCCUGGGGAACCGACGUGACCUCUCCAUCGCCACUAAGAUUCGCGUGUACCGUGCAUCUGUCCGGUCUGUCCUUCUCUACGGUUGUGAAUGCUGGGCUUUGCGCGUGGCGGAUGAGCGAAAACUGGAGGUAUUUGACCACCACUGCUUGAGGAUCAUCCUUCGAGUGAAGUUAACCGACUUCGUCUCAAAUGAGAUAGUCCGCGCUCGCUGCGACAACAUCGCGAGGAUAACUCAGGCCAUCCAAAAAAGACGACUGAGGUGGUUCGGGCAUGUUCUUCGUCGUCCACCUCAGGAGCUCAGUGUUACUGCCCUCGAUCCGGCGCCGUUGCCCCAUUGGAGGCGUCGAAGAGGGGGUCAGUUCAAAACCUGGCUCGACACUGUCCGUCAAGAAAUGGAGGUGGUUCUUGGACCUUCGGUAUUCGGUCUCCGUCGUUGGCGAAAGGAAUGGGUUGAGCUGUCUAGAUCUGCUGCCGCGGAUCGUCACGCGUGGAGAGGUACAAUUCGGGACAUCAUCGAGGCCGGCUAG